GCCAUUUUUCAUGCAUUUGGACAAACGUCAAAUACGCUCUUGUUUCUCAUGUUUUUGCUGUGUGUACCGCAUUCAAAAUUUCUGUUAAACGGACUCGAGUCAGACCAAGAAAAUUGUGUUGUUUUUGUUUGUGUUCCGUAUCAGUGAGACCUAGUAAUUGGCUGAUUGUCUAAUUUUUCUGAAAAAUUAAUUGUGAAUUUUGAGUAUUUUGUGCCGGAAUUUUUUUUCUAGAGAUAAUAUAAUUUUCGGCAUUUAAUUGAAAUAGUCUAUGACCAUGGUUGACCCAGCAACGAAUCUGGCAUUUUUGCGCAAAUGUGGCAUCCCGGAAUGGGUUUUGGUGGACGAGGAUUGGAAAGAUUUUGUUGGAUUUUUCAAAGAAAAUAUCAGCGACACCAACAUUUUGACAGAUGAAGAAUUGGUUGAAUUGGCUCGAUUGAAACAAGAUGAAAAUGUAAAAACAACCACACUUGCCAAGCGAAUGGAUAAAAUUGCCAAAGAAUAUAAUGGCAUCUGGUCAGUUAACGAAGAUGAUAUUGUCGAAGUGGAAAAACGCAUUGAAAUUGCCACACAGGAAGAAGAAUUUUAUGAUGAUCUCAUUGCUAAAGCAAAGUCUGCAACCUUGGAUACCAUCGAAGAGAUAACCGUAUUGAAGGGACGAACGACAAGAAUCAUAUCGGAAGAGCCAAUUUUAGCGGACGAAUGUCUAAAACAAAUGGAAGAAUUACAAGAAGUUAAAUUGUCAAACGAACGCAAGAUCAGCGAACUGGGACAGCUCUAUUUGAAACCGGCUCAGAAUCCAUUAUUCAUGCAUCAAAUGCCGUUGAAUGAUUAUUUUCGUCAAUUGGAACAGUUCAAUACGAGUUCCAAGCAUUUCAUGCAGAAGAAUUUCAAAGUUCAGAGUGCCGAAGAAGAAAUAUCAGAUGACAAGGACAUCGAUGAUAAGGCUCGUGUUUUGACCGAAUUGAGUGUGUUGGCUGAUCGAUUGCUCAACGCUUAUAAUAAAUUGUAUUUAGCCGAGAUGAAUUUCAACGCAAAAACCGCAUUAACAAACCAACUCAAAGCGCAAAAUUGGUCACCAUCGACCGUCGGUGGCAUGAGGCGUGAAAUGUCGGAAAUGGAGCGUGAUAUUGAGCUGAACGAAUCACAAAAACAGCAUUUGGUGCAUAAAUUGCAAGAGCAAGCGGCCGAAUUAGCGCAGCUCGAUGUUGAAGCGCUUGUAUUUGAUAGCAAUCAAAAGCGAAUGGGUCGUGCCAAACAGCGUAUGGAAUUUAUAACCCGUUUUGCUGAUAUUAUCUCGGAAACCAUGGCAUUGUCGGAACUAUUCUGGGUAUUGAUGCAAUUGGACAUGGAACGAAUGAAAAAUCGAAAUAAUUACGAUUCAAAAUUGGACGCAUAUCGCUUGGAAUCGUUGUCGUGCAACCGUCGGAUUGAACUCAUGAAUAUGAUUGGAAAAUUGAGCGAUACCACAUCGGUUCAGACGGUCUGCAAUGGUUUCAUGGAACUCUUGGAGGUGAAUCCAAAUGUGUAUGAUGCAUCAACCGUAGAACAAGCCAUCAAAUGCAUUAUAACCGUCGACGAAUUUAAAUCGAGCAUCACAAAACUGAUCCAAAACACGGAAAACAACAUCACAACGCUUUGGCGCAACAAUGACUUUUUCAAAAAGGCUAUCAGAAUUGUGGAAUUAAUUCGUAAAUUCCUCUACGAUGGCCCAAUCGCCAAACCGCAGCAAUACAGUACUUGGUAUCGCAUGAAGAAAUCAUUCUUGGAACGUGAACUUCAGGCGAUUAAUGAAAUAACUGAGAAGAAACGGGAUGAAUGCAGCCAUUACAUAAAAAAAUGGUCGAAUGACAAGUAUUGGCGACACAAACAAGUGCUUUGGGUGUGGUUUUUGACGGAACCGAAAAAAGUGAUAAAAUCACUAAAAUCGAUCAGUGCGGAAGCACAGCAGCGAAGCAAAGCUGCCACAACUGCUCCACGUCACAUUGCUGGCAUCGUACGGAAGAUCUAAUCUCUACACCUGAACUUACUAAGCAACUGAUCGUGAUAAAUAAAUUAUUCAUCUGAUGGAAGGCCUGAUAUGAAUCAAAAUACGUUUCAUGUAAUAAUUAUCGAAACAGAAAUUUAUUGAUUACAAAAAUAGAUAGAUAAUAGCUAUAAAUCAUUUUCACGCGAAUGUCGAGUGAAAAUAAAAUAAAAUUAAGGUACUUUGCGAGUUAGGAGAUCUGUGAAUGUCUUAUAUUUUGAGUAUUUUUCUCUGUAAUUUGUUAUCAAAAAAUUUCUCGUCUUAUUUUAAAUUCAACAAUAUGUAAUAAAAUACUGUUUUUUUGUUGUAAAAAUCUAAUUAAAUCUCAUACAGACUCACGGAGCAAUGUUCAUGAGCUUUUUUGAAUAA